AAAACGCGGGAAACUGUGUUCCGUGUGAGCUAGCUCAGGUAGCGUUAGCCGCCUAGCUCCGCCGCUAAUUAGCCGCUUUAGCUCGUGAUUAAAAGGCUCGUUAUGUUUAAUGAAGGUGCUUAAUUAACUGACGUCACCGCUCAUCAGCUGUUCAGCGCUCACCGCGCGGAGAAUCCACGCGGAGACCGUCAGCGGGUCAACGCGUUAAUUAAUUAUUAUUUACCGGCGUUUAAUCAGGACCGUGAACGUUACAUCUGGACCGUGAACGUUACAUCUGGACCGUGAACGUUACAUCUGGACCGUGAACGUUACAUCCUCCCUGCAGGUUAAGGGCAUAAUAAUUUGGUUUGCAUGUGAGGACCAGCGUCUGUCAAGCCAACCAUGGCGAACAAUGCGGAGGACAUCGAAAACAACAUGGACCAACAGGAGACCAAUGUGGCCUCUGAACCCACCCAGCAGCCACCGGACGUUACAGUGACCAGAGCACGGUCCAGAGGCCCAGGAGCUGGAGGAGGUGAUGGAGGAGGAGGAGGAGGCGGAGGCGGUGGAGGAGGAGGCGGAGGCAGCGGCAAUGGUAGCGGACCAGAGCAGAACGGACAGCCCCCGGCCGCUCGUCCUCCACGCGUGGUGGAGACCGAAGAGGACGAGGACGAGGAGCUGACCUUGAAAUACGGGGCCAAGCACGUCAUCAUGCUGUUUGUUCCCGUGACCCUCUGCAUGGUCGUUGUCGUGGCGACCAUAAAGUCUGUCAGCUUCUACACCCAGAACGACGGACAGAGAUUGAUCUACACACCAUUCCCCGAGGACACGGACACGGUGGCGCAGAGAGCCCUCCACUCCAUCCUGAACACCACCAUCAUGAUCACUGUGAUCAUCGUCAUGACUCUGGUGCUGGUGCUGUUGUACAAAUACCGCUGCUACAAGGUCAUCCAAGGUUGGCUCUUCCUCUCCUCCCUCCUUCUGCUGUUCUUCUUCUCCUACAUCUACCUCAAAGAGGUUUUCAAGACCUACAACGUGGCCAUGGACUACUUCACCCUGGUAAUAAUCGUCUGGAACUUUGGAGUGGUGGGCAUGAUGUGUAUUCACUGGAAAGGACCUCUGCGGCUCCAGCAGGCCUACCUCAUCAUGAUCAGCGCCCUCAUGGCUCUGGUUUUCAUCAAGUACCUGCCCGAGUGGACCGCCUGGCUCAUAUUAGCCGUCAUAUCCGUCUACGAUCUGUUAGCGGUGCUCUGUCCCAAAGGGCCUCUGAGGAUCCUGGUGGAGACGGCUCAGGAGAGGAACGAACCGAUCUUUCCAGCGCUCAUCUACUCCUCUACGAUGGUGUGGCUCGUCAACAUGGCCGACACCGACAGGCCAAACAGGAACUCGACCGACGUGGCGGCACCUCAGCCAGAAGCUCCAGAAGCCGUGGCGUCGCCGGCUCCCUCCAGUCUGUCGCACGACGACGGAGGCUUCACCCCCUCCUGGGUCAACCAGCAGGAGCACCAGCUGGGGACGAUGCAGUCCACCGAGCAGACCAGACGGGAGAUCCAGGAGAUGCCUUCAGCUCGUCCGCCCGCCGACGACGACGAUGAGGAGAGGGGCGUCAAGCUGGGACUCGGAGACUUCAUCUUCUACAGCAUGCUGGUGGGAAAGGCCUCGGCCACAGCCAGUGGCGACUGGAACACCACGCUCGCCUGCUUCAUAGCCAUCCUCAUUGGCCUGUGUCUGACCCUGCUGCUCCUCGCCAUCUUCAAGAAAGCGCUCCCCGCUCUGCCCAUCUCCAUUUUCUUCGGCCUGGUCUUCUACUUCGCCACAGACAACUUGGUACAGCCCUUCAUGGACAAGCUGGCGCUACACCAGUUCUACAUUUAGCAGGACGCUGCCCUGAUGACCCUCACCCACAUAGCUCUCCGGCCAACAACACGAGAGCGGUCCCUUCACAGCCGGGGAACAAAGGGUGAUGCAGGGGCCCCUCCCGCCCCCACACACCCUCCUAAGAACUCACGAUGACGGGACACAAGUUGUUUUCGUUCUGCCUUUCUUUUCCGGCACCAAGGGAGGGGCAUUCCCCACGACAGCUGUUCUUAAACGUUUUAUUUCUGUUUUUUAAAAAAGUGACAUUUCUCGUUCGACUUGGGACCUCAUCUUCACCGGUCUCAGGCUCAGCCCGAUCUAAGAGGAGUGGGCCGGGAUAAUUUACCGCUACAUAUCCAGGGAGGAGCUCGUCUGCUCCCUUUCCAGCGGCGCCCUGCUUCCUUACAUCCACGCCCGGGGGCUGCCCAGUCUUCUUCAAACCGGGGCUUUACAGUAGGUGCCUUGCUCAGGGACACCUUGGCGGUAGCUGUUGAGCGGAGGGAGACAGUUUCAUUAAAUCUUCCUUUAAAGACGUUGAUCACACGACUUCAUUCCGAGUCACGAGCCGCCGCCCCCAAACUCAACCCGAGGUUUAAAAAGCCUUCAUCGAACUAACGGACACUCUGAUAUCGAUAAUAGAUUGGUAAAUGUGUAGUUUGAUUGUGUUUGAGCUGUCAGUCACCACACGUGCUUUCCUCACCGCUGUUAAGAAUGGUUAAGACGUGUUUCGUGUUUGUUUUUGUUGUUUCCACGCCGGAGCCGAUCACACCCCGACAGAUUCUCACCCGACCGACGGGAUGUUUGAACGUGUGAAUCUUUCUGACGGAGGGAAGAGAGGUGGAAGAAUCUGUCACCUCUAGAAUUAAAAUGUGUUGAUGUGACACGGACUCAUCUGA